CCCACCGGCGGGCAAAUUUCCAAAAAUUUUCUAUUAAAAACUCCAAAAAUAUUUGCUCAACUCUGCUAAAUGGGAAUUUCGAGGCUCAACCGAGCCACCAGGGAAGCAGUAAAUUGCAAAGAUUGCGAAAAACAGGACAAAUCGCUAUGGGUGUCCAAAAUUACCACGGAGGAGGUGCUGAAACUCCUGGACAAGCUGGUGAUUACUCUGGAGCAGGUGAACAUUUUCGUUUCUCGGCUCAAACUGCGCGGCAAAGGGAGUCGAAAACGCUUCGGUGGGUGACCUGAGGAAACCUUGGUCCUUAGCGGGUCGUCGAGUCGAAAAACUGGGUCACUGCAGCACCCUCCGUUCAAGCAAGAACCAGUCGCUCGUCGGAAAGGGCACGAAAAAGACAAGCACGAACACGUCGUCGGGAGGCUUCGGGUGUUUCCGGUGGCGCGCAGAUCAGUCGAUCCAAAGAGGUUGCAGUGAUCGUCAGUUUUUUCGCCUUAACAUCGGUUCGGCCACUUUUGAAACGCGAAUUUUCGGCAGCUGAUCAAUGAAAUUGGAAAAAUGAAGCGGUGAAGAAGAAGUAGGAUGCUGAACUGCUGACUCUCACCUUCAGAGGCGGCGAAAGUGUGCGAUACAAGCCCAGCAGCAGAUAAGAUAAUCUCGGCCCUAGCAGACCAGGAUUUACUGGCAAAAUGACGACAGCGGACGACCCCUCGAUUUUAGCCCCUUUGGCGGCAACUCUUAGUUGUUCCGUUCCAGCAUUGAAACUGCUACUUUCCCUGGUUGUCGGCUACCCUAUUGCAUUUUUCCAUCGGAACACCCUGUACGGAAAAAAUGCAAAUCUGCAACAUCUGUUUUUCCUGCUGUGUGGUCUUGCCAUUGGAGUUUUUAAUUACAAAUUGGGAGUUUUUCAUUCAGUGUCAGCUGUGCUUGUGACAUACACAAUUUUAAAGGCUUGUGGAGGAACACUUGCCUCUGUGAUUCUUUGUUUCCUCUUCAACAUGGGCUAUUUGGUGAUAGGAUAUUUCUACACCGGCACAGAGACGUAUGACAUCAAGUGGAGUAUGCCCCACUGUGUUUUGACCCUGCGUUUGAUUGGUUUAGCGUUUGAUGUUUACGACGGGCGCAAGAGUCCAGAAGCUCUGUCAAAAGAUCAAAAGUUCACUGCAAUGGACAGGACUCCGUCCUUGCUUGAAGUGGCAGGAUACACCUAUUUCCCAGCUUCGUACAUGGUUGGACCUCAGUUUCCCAUGACGAGAUACCUGUCCAUGAUCAACGGCACCAUGAAACCCGAGGGUCAAGAAAAGCCUGAGUGCAUGGUACCCGGUUUGCUGCGCGGACUGGGCGGCUUCAUUUACUUAGGCAUUUACCAAGUUGGUAAUAUUUACUACAAGGAUGACUAUCUUCUCUCAGAAGCAUUCCUGACUUUGCCUUUCUGGAAAAGAGCAUUAAACAUGGGAAUUUGGGGCAAGAUCACAAUGUACAAAUACAUUUCUUGCUGGAUGAUCACUGAGGGAGUCUGUAUCUCAUCAGGACUCACCUACAACGGGGAAAAUGCAAACGGCAAAGUGAAAUGGAAUGGGUGUGCCAACGUCCAGCUCCGAGUCUACGAAGGUGCUGUCAAGUUCGGCCACCUUAUUUCGUCUUUCAACACAAAUACCAACCACUGGGUUAUGCAGUACAUCUACAAGCGCCUCAAGUUCAUGAACAAUCGCUACAUCAGUCAGGCCACCACCCUAUUCUUCCUCGCUCUGUGGCACGGAUUGCAUUCCGGAUACUACAUGUCCUUCUUUUUGGAGUUCAUUAUUAUGAAAAUGGAAAAAGAGGUGGAACAGUUGCUACAUGUUCGAAAGGACUUGUCGGAAGCCCUCGAGAGGCCGGGCGUUUGGCAUGUGCUGUGGGUCAUCCGUAAACUGUACUUGGUUGUGUUCAUGGGUUACUGUUUGACACCAUUCGUCCUGCUUUCCUACCAUAAGUGGAUGAUUGCCUUCAAUGCAGUGUACUGGAUGGGCCACAUCCUAUUCGUGCCGUGGUUCCUCUUUGGACAUGUCGUAAUAAAAGCACUCAGGCCCAAAAGGACCAAAGAAGAGUAAAGUCUAGCUGGUCGAGUCAAUUUAUUGCUGCUAAGAAGUCAACAGUCGUUGCUCUUUUGGGAUGCAAAUGAAGAGUGAUUGUUACUGGUUUGAAACCAAGACUCCAAUUUUGCCAAAAAGAAGUCGAAUUUCUAUACACGAUUAUUAUUUUACUUGCUGACAUUUAGAAGUUUGUUUAUUUGAAAAUUAUUCAGCAAAAGAUAAAUACUCUUCGUAUUUAGGAAUAUUGUCAUCCUGCAUAGUGUAUACUGUGGGAUUAGAUACAAUCUGCGCACGUUCAAAGUGUAUCGUCCACCUUUGUUAAUAUUUAACUUUACCUCAAAAUGAACAGUAUCGCAAAUUAUUAGUCACUAAAUUUGUGUUUUUAUUAGUUUUUUUUACGACACUCUUGACUUUAGUUAGUUCCUGAAGAUUUCUUAAUCUUGAAUCCGUAAGACACUUCAUAGUUGCUUCUUUUUCUCUCUGCUGACAGUUUAUUUUGAAGACUCAACGAAUUUUGCUGUCAAAAUAAUGUAAAUAGUGACACAAUAUUGCAAUCUUUCAAUUACUGAAGGAAGUAGAUUUUGAAGAAAAAACAAGCGAUUAGCCGUUUAAAGUUGCCAUCUAAUGUGGUUUUUCUCUAGAUACUGUUUCAUGAAAGUAAUUGUGUCUCUUCAAAAGACAUUUCUGAGAACAGGCGCAAAACAACCUUAUUUGUUGGAAACUUCCUGUGCAAUAAUAAAAUGCAAUUGUUAU